AUGGAUCAUAGUUCUGACGAAGAUACAGAAUUAAGUGAUUCUGAGAUUGAUGAUUAUGAAGGAAAUAUUUAUGCAAGACUGAUGUCAGGAGAUUUAAAGGUAAAGAAGAAUGGAGAAAAUUACAGUUGUCUCUUCUGUAGUAGCAAGAAGAAGAAUAAUUACAGUAAAAGUAGUCUGGUUCAGCACGCCUCAGGAGUAAGUGCAGCACCUAAUCGGAAGGCAAAAGAAAAAGCAGCCCAUCGUGCCCUCUUCAAAUAUUUGAAGAAUGAUCUUGCUAAAUCACCUGAACCACAGCCACAUGUAAUUCCUGUGGAGCCGCAACCUCUUCAGAACAGAGAUGAGAAGUUUGUGUGGCCCUGGAUUGGUGUCCUAGUUAAUGUGCCUACUGAAUGGAAGGAUGGGCGCCAAAUUGGAGAAAGCGGAAAUCGUUUGAAGGAGCAACUAUCACACUUUUGCCCACUAAAGGUCAUCCCGUUAUGGACUUUUAGAGGUCAUACAGGAAAUGCUAUUGUCGAGUUUGGAAAGGACUGGAAUGGUUUCAGAAAUGCACGUACCUUCGAAAGUCACUUCGCGGCAGGAGGAUAUGGUAAGAAGGACUGGACUGGAAAAAAGAAUCAAGGAUCCGAGCUCCAUGGAUGGCUUGCGCGGGCUGAAGAUUACAAUUCUCCAGGAAUAAUAGCAGACCACUUGAGAAAAAAUGGUGACUUGAAGUCUGUCAAUGAUCUUGCAAAGGAAGGAGCACGUAAAACUGACAGGCUUGUUGCUAAUUUAGCUAACCAAAUUGAGGUAAAAAACAGGUACUUACAGGAACUUGAAUGCAAAUACAGUGAGACAACUGCAUCACUUGAGAAGAUGAUGGGGCAAAGGGAACAACUUCUCCAGUCAUACAAUGAAGAAAUUAGCAAGAUGCAGCAGCUAGCUCGCAGGCAUUCUCAGAAGAUCAUUGAUGAGAAUCAAAAGCUGCGUUCUGAACUUGAGGCAAAAAUGAAUGAUCUUGAUGUGAGAUCCAAGCAACUUGAUGAGCUUGCAGCGAAAAGUGAUUAUGACAGAAGGAACCUUGAGCAGGAGAAGCAGAAGAAUGCUAUCAAAUCGAGUCAUCUUAAAUUGGCAACAUUGGAGCAGCAGAAAGCUGAUGAGAAUGUGCUGAAGCUUGUGGAAGAACAAAAGAGAGAGAAACAUGCUGCGUUAAAGAAGAUUCUGAUGUUGGAACAACAAUUGGAUGCAAAACAAAAGCUUGAAUUAGAAAUACAGCAGUUGAAGGGCAAACUAAAAGUGAUGGAGCAUAUGCCAGGUGAUGAAGAUUCAGCAUCAAAGAAUAAAAUUAAUGAGCUGAGUGAGGCAUUGCAAGAAAAGAUAGAUGAACUGGAUGGAAUGGAGUCACUUAACCAAACUCUGGUUAUCAAAGAAAGCAAAAGCAACAUUGAACUGCAAGAAGCUCGCAAAGAGCUAGAAAAUGGCUUGCUUGAUAUUUCAGGUGGGCAGGCACAUAUAGGAAUCAAGAGAAUGGGAGAGCUUGAUCUGAAAGCAUUUUCAAAGGCAUGCCAAAAGGAGCAUACAGAAGAUGCAGAAGUUACUGCUGCCUUUCUUUGUUCAAAGUGGGAGGCUGAAAUAAAAAAUCCUGACUGGCACCCUUUUAGGGUUGUCACAGUUGAUGGAAAGGAGAUGGAGAUAAUUGAGGAUGAUGCAAAGCUUCGAACACUCAAAGAAGAACAUGGAGAAGAAAUCUAUGCAUUGGUGACAAAGGCACUGCUUGAAAUCAACGAGUACAAAUCUAAAGGCAGUUAUCCUGUGGGGGAGCUAUGGAACUUCAAGGAAAACCGGAAGGUGACUCUGAAGGAAGCUGUCCAGUUUGUCCUGAGACAGUGGCGAACAAACAGGAGGAAGCGAUAG